ACUGGAUAGAAUCUUUAGCCAACUAGCAACUUAAAUAUCAGAAAGUCUGAGGUAAAAUUCUGAGAUUAUAAACUCACAUAUGCUCACAUUUCUAACUGACUUUCUGCUAAUGAAGUUCCAGCAACCUCACUAUUUAAAAGUCUGAGAAAUAAAUUAUAGGAAAGGUAAUAACAUAAGGCAAGGCAAGUUUAUUUCUACAACAUAGGUCUAUAAUCCCCUGGCUUUUAACCAGCUACUUGUAGUUUAUUUUAUCUGUAAUUUGCACCUGUUAAAGUGAUCUCACACUGUAGAGGGGGAAUCUUACCCCAUGUGGAAAAUGCCUUUUCCCUAAAAAUUACAUUUGAUUAAAUACAAAUUAGUCAACUGUAGCUAUUUAUUUUAUUUUAUAAUAUGUUGCCCUAAGCAUGGCCUUCUUAAAGAUACAAAAAAAACCCUAUAAAAUGUUCUUUAAUAUGUCAGAAAAUAGACAUUGAGCUUAGUCUAACCCCACCAGCUGGGGAAAAUUUGAUUAAAUUCAAAUUAAUCUGUCAACUGUAGGUAUUUAUUUUACUUUAUAUGAUGUUUCCCUAAGCAAGGUCAUCUCCAAGAUACAAAAAAACCCUAUAAAAUCUUAAAAUAUUGUGUCAGCAAAUAGAUAUUGAGCUUAAGGGAGGGGCGUCUUACCCCACACUAUCCUAUUAAUAAUAAAAGGAAGUUUGUAAGCAUUUGAUACUUUGCUCACUUUGUUUCGUGGUGCAUGACUGCUUGUUGUCUUUCACCAUGUUUCAAUUAAUCCCCUCUUAACCAACCAAUCAUUAAUAACAAAAUAAUAAUAUCUAAAACUGACAGGGUCCACUCUGCACAACAAACAUACUUUCUGAUCUGAAUACCUUACCUUACCAUUCAUUAUGAGAAACACACACAGCAACAAUGCCACCAGCACAAGAAAACAUAAAUAUAUAGAAUUAUACAACUGUGAACACCUGAAUGUUAUGAUACAACCUGUCAAAUUCCAUGGAAUUAGUAAACCAUUUGUUGUUGGCUUUCACACAGAAACAGAAACAGGUGUCAUUUGUGUGAUAAAGGAGUAACAGCUCAGCUAAGAGGUCCCAAAGCCUCUGGAGGAUUUCAAGCUUUUCAUUGGCUUUGAGGAGAAACAACACUUGCAAACCAAGGGGGUGGUGCAAACAAAGGUGUGGCUCCUCUGCAGGUAAAAAAAGGACAGUGCCAUGGUUACUUGUUAGACCCAGGAACUCACUAGUCAAGUGUAGCGACACGGUGCGUUAGAGACAUGGCAAGGUGUUUAAACAGUUGGAGCAACACUCUGUAACUUUUUGUCUGCGACAUAUCUAAACAAGACGACUGAGGAGGGUCAACAUGCUGGAAAAUGGCUUUGCAAAGAGAGGAAAAAGCCAGGGAAUGGUGGAUGGAGGGAAGAUUGCAGAAAGCAGGAGGUGGUUCAGUUGGUCGCGGCGCCACUGCUUCUUCUUCUUGCUAGUGUUGGGAGCAGUUUUAUUUCUUUAUAACACAAACAUUAAUGACAUGGCGUCCAACUGGAACCCAAAAUUGUGGCUGCAAUACAAUGCAUCAAAAUGGUGGAGUUCAUUUAACAGUCAGACACAAAAUUUAGCCUCCUCCAGCACUCCUGGACCUGCAUCAGAACCGGUCUCUGCUUCUGGGUUUAAAGCUGGGACCAACUCAUCUGCAUUUUCUCAAACUGGGAAAAUCCCACCAACAAAGGUGACAAAAGCCACUACAACUACUUCGGUGGCAACACAAAAAGAACCUGUGCCACCAGCACCGGUUCCUUAUGUGUCUCCGGGGCCGUACUUAGUGGAAUACCCGUAUAAGUACCACUUUGUUAUAAAUGAGCCUAAGCGAUGUGAGCAGAAGAAGCCCUACGUGGUUCUGAUGGUUCCUGUGGCGCCCCACAACAAGGCCCAUCGUGACAUCAUCCGCAGCACCUGGGGAGGUGAAAGCCUGGUGCUGGACAAAGUGGUGACGCUGUUCUUCCUGCUGGGGCUGCACAUUGGAGAGGGAGCAGAGCAGCUCCAAAAGGAGCUGCUGCAGGAGAGCACUGAACAUCAAGACCUGAUCCAGAGCAACUUCCUGGACUGCUACAAGAACCUGACCAUCAAAACCAUGGUGAUGCUGGAGUGGCUGGACACCCACUGCUCCAGCGCCUCUUACGCCAUGAAGAUUGAUUCAGACAUGUUUCUAAAUGUGGCCAAGCUCAUAAACAUGUUGUUAGACGCUCCGAAGACAAACUACAUGAGCGGACUGGUGGCGAGAGGAGGUGUAGUCCUGAGAGAUCGAAACUCUAAGUGGUACGUACCUGAGGAGAUUUACCCUGGGUCUGUGUACCCACGUUAUGCUUUGGGUCUGGGCUACGUUUUGUCUCUAGACCUCCCUAAAAAGCUUGUGGAGGCAUCCAGACAUAUUAAAGCUAUUUACAUUGAGGACGUGUAUUUGGGGUUGUGUAUGCAGCACCUGGGUAUCCCUCCCACCGACCCCCCAGACUGGGGUUAUUUUCAGGUCUUUCCUGUGCAGUACAGUCGCUGUGCUUACUCCAAGCUAAUAGCAACCACUACACAUGAACACAGUGAUCGAGUGUGGGCUUGGAAAGACUUUAAAAAACCAGGUCCAUACUGCUGAUCUGUAAAACAAAAAAACAAAAUUACUGUAUGAUGCAGCUAAAGAAGGAUCUUAGAGUAAUAUAUUAAUAACCAGGACUGAAUUUCUCAGCUCCUGUUACCUGUUGAUUGAUUCUACUUUUUCUGUGUUUAAAAUCCUAAAUUUGCUGUAUAAAAAACACCUUUUCACCUCCCCUCUCAGAUUUAAAAGCACACAACAGAGGAGUUUUCGCCCUCUCUGUCCUCGUACAUACAUGAAAGAAUGAAGGAAGUAUUACAGAGAGUGUUGAAACAGUCUGUUCAAAGUGAUUAACAGGCUGUUCGGUAAAAUCAGUGAUGUCAUAGUUAAUAAUUGGCUGAAAUUAAUCUUAAAGUGUCUCAUCAGACAUAUGAGACAUACAUGUUUCCGCAUCACGCAAACACUGUAACUGGAACUACAUUGAGUCAUUUAUUUGUGCAGAUUCUUCUCACUCUUGUGUAAAAGACUUGUUGCAACAUGUCACAGCGUUCAGGGAAGACGUGCAUUACUGCGCUUCAUGACUGCAGGGUAGAGGCAGGACUGGACAAAAUGGGAAAACAUACUUUGCCCUGAUGGGAUCCGAACCGUGUGUCCUCUCUGUUUAGUUUGUAAACGUUUUUUCACAGUUUUAACUGAAGUAACAGUUACACAGUAACAGUGAUGAUGUGGGCUGCAGCCGUGACAGGGACAUUCAUGCAGCACUGCACAAAGAACAACUUCACUGUGAGACCAAGGUUGUUUCAUACAUCCGGUGCGUCACACAUCUAAAGCUGGGUGUAAAAAUGAAUGCAGGGGGGAAAUUAUUGACUAGUUUUAGGUGAAAUUGAGGGCCCUUUUUGGCCCCUUAAAUAAAAACCCACUAGUACAGUGAGUUGUUUACAAUAUCCAGCCAUAAGGCAAUCAUUUAUUAUUUAUUUUUGUAUUAACAGCAACACUUUCUAAUAGGGAUACAAAACAUGUGCUUAAAUAAUUCUACUAAUAGUGUAGGAGGCAUUACUUUGUAAUGCUUCACAGUAAUGUAAUUACUUUUUUUUUGUAACAAGUAGUGUAAGUAAUUCAGAAAUUACAUUACUGUUACUAAUCCCAGCAGUUCCAGUAAAGAUCUGCUAAUUAGCUUGUUUGCUUUCUGAAUUUGAGAGAGUUAAAACCAGUUUGGUAUCAGUCAAACUGGUCUGGGAAAAGCCCCCAGUUUCACUCUCUCAUGUAUUAGCUUACAUUUUGGGUCACAAAGGUUACCAGUAGCAGUUUCUCUAAAAUAUAAUUUACUGCUGAUGUUUGAAAAACCCACAAGGGUGUUUUAAAAACACUGUUGAUCUGAAGGUAUUUCCAAGAUCCUCCAGAGCUCUUAAGAUAAGAUUUUUUAUUGAUCCCCCGAAGGGGAAAUUCAAACUGACACAGCAGCCGAUUUCCAAUGUCUAACUAUCUGGAUGAAAAAAUAUUGAUGAUUAAAAAAAUCAUGAAAGAAAUCGUGCCGCCUACCUGAAUAGCAAACAGAGUGAAUUGUUGUUGCACACAAUUAAGAAAUAAUGAAGUCACUAUGAGUCAUUAAUCAAUGCUUAAUGAAUUUUAACUUACAAUCACUUACAUUUAUUUGCCAAAAAUAACACGGGGUGUCAUGUAGAAACGGUGCGUACGACUAAAACAGGGCUGGAAAUGUGCGAACGCCACUUCCCACCAAACUCUGAGCCAUGCUUAGGCUAUACCAAAUGGCCACUUACAUGGCAGAAGGAUGAGAUGGUUUGAAAUGGAUACUACUGUGUAAAAUAAAUCUAAAAUAUUACCUCUUUGUAUUAUAGGCCAAAAAGACUUAAUAUUAUUUGAAAUAAUUAUAUGGGUUCAUUUGUAAAACAGACCAAAAGCAAACACCCGUUUGAUUGAUUUUCCCUUAAGUGCACAUCAAAAACAUUAUUUAAGAUCAUUUGCAGCGCACACACAAAAAGAACCACGAGUUAGGAAAAUUAAACACAAUCUGAGAUCUAUUGCUGCAAAAGAACGCAUCAAAUUGGGAGUUUAAUUGGGAAUCAUAUUAAUUAAUACUUCCAUGCAGUGCAGUUUAUUCUCAUAAAUAAGGUGAACAGGAGGAAAAAUUACAUUUAAAUGAGGCCUCUGUCGAGUAAAUACAAGUUCAUAGUUUCUUGUUAUCACAUGUUCGUAACCCUGUGGCAGCCUAUUUGAGCCAAACGCUGCGCGCCAGCGUCUGAAUGUGAUGCGUUGCUUGUAAAAACACGGCAUGAAAAAAAAAAAUAUUACCACACUAUUAUGUAGAAAGUAAAUCUUUCAGUGUACCAGUGUAAAACAUAAAGCAUAAAGUAAUUUUCCUUUUAACUCACGGGCCGGCUCGAUGAGUGAGUGGAGUGUUUGUGUACAUAAAUGUUUAAACACAAGUGGAAUAUAUGUGCAACGUGUCCCCUUCCACCACCGUCACCACUCAGGAGGGAUGCACCUUCCUUUGUGUGAGCCUCCAUAUGCAACCUUUAGUAGUAUUUCCUAUGUGCAGUUUUAUAAAUGAGACCCCCGGACUCCAGAUACACAGAAAAGUCACAGUCACAAGCAAGAGUGUAAAAAAUAAUGUAAUGAUUACGUUUCUUGCUGUUGACAUGAGAGUGUAGCACAGACAUGUUUAAACGUGUGUCAACAGUUCAUUUUAACGGUUCAUAAAAUCUGUAGAGCUUAACAAGAGGUCGUCUCGUGCUGCAGCAUGCAGAUGUUUGCCUCUGACAGCCAGUUUAUAAGAAAGAGCUUUUUUUAUUUCUAUGAGAACUGGUUCUGUUCUGCUGGAUCAAAUACAACAGACUGACAAAUACGUUGCAGCUGCUACAUCAAGUUAAUGUAUGAAUUAACUGCAGAAUAACAUUCAUUAACUGCCAUUAACUAAUCACAAACUCUUCUGUUCUUAAUGGUUGAUUCAUGGAUUAAAUCAUCAUGGGUCGUGCAUGUUUUGUACCCUUAUUAUACAGUAAAGUGGAAAAAAAGGGGUGGAGAAAAAACCUCUAUAUGCUGCGUCCUAUUACAAAUCAAUUAAUCCUUAUAGUGACAAACAAUGAUUGUUUUAUUCCGCUGUCCAUAAUGUCGUUUUAAGUUUGAGCUGUUACAACUACGACAACAAAGAAAUCAAUUGAUUCGUGUGUAGCGAAUUGAUGAAUGUGGAUAUUCUUGUUCUUCUUUCUGGACAGUUUGUUGCACUCAGAUGAAAAGUGAGGGAUGUAAAUGCUGGAAAGUGUCUCCCUAAGAUUGUUGUAAUGCAGAGACACCAAGUGGACAUUUUGUACACUGCAACUAAAUAAUGUCACAUGUAAACUCACAGUGUUUUGUUUAGUCAUUCGUGUGUCAUACAUGACAAAUAAAUGGUUCAUCUUGUAGUUUAUUUAUAAGCAAUGUUACGCUAAUGUCACUGCACGUAUAUAAGGUUGUUAACAGGCAAGAGUCAAGGUGUUUGCUAAUGUACAGAAUAUUAAAAGUCAACACUUUUUAAAAAA